AUAAAAAGAUUCAAAAAAGAUACCAAUGACUAUGCUAGGAGUAGUACGGCGCAACUGGGCGCUGAGACUCUCGGUGGUUUUGAACGUUUUCGUGCUCCUCUACGUGUGCGUGCACAUCGGAUCUUUAGGGCCAUGGAUCGAGGACGCGCAGACGAGUUGGGCCCAGCCCUUGGUGGAGGUGUCCAAGGCGACGGAGCUGUCGGCGACCGCAGGUUCGCCGGAGGGUUCGAAGGUGGGGUCGACGAAGGACACGGGAAUCGCCUCGAUCCAGGAGGGUAAGAGUGCAACCUCCGCGGCGACGAAGGAAACGGCGGCUCUGACCAUGAGGGAUAAAACGGGGAAGGACAACGAGGAAUUGCAGGGGGGCAAAAGCGGAAACUCCACGACGACCCAGAAGCAGCAGGAGUCCGUCAGCACGACGGUGGGAUCGAUGACGUUGGAGGAGGCGAUACCCUGCAACGACAGGUCGACGACGCCGAAAACGGCACAGCGAGGCGACUAUUGGGUCCUUUACAAUUACGUGCCGAUGUCCACGCAGGUGAGGUGCUGGGAAAGCGUGACCUACACGACCCACGCCGAUUACACCUUCCUCGAGAACCUCGAGCCACUGUUGGAAAGGUGGCAAUCCCCCGUUUCCAUAGCGCUUUACGCACCUGGCACAGACUUUCAACCCACCGUCGACACCAUAAAGUAUCUAAGGAUAUGCGGAAGUCCCCUGGUUUCCCAGCUCGUCACCUUUCACGUUUUCUUCAGCACCAAACAUAUACCAAAAACUGUACAUUCGUCGAGUAAGGUGCUCUCUGAAGGUUGGAAUUGCACCUUGCCUCCACCUUGGACGAACGUCACGGUUUCCAAGAUGUAUAAAUCCGAAAAGAAGCUUUUGUAUCCCGUCAAUGUGGGAAGAAAUAUUGCGAGGGAAUGGGCUCCAACGCAUUACGUCUUGCCAAGCGAUAUAGAACUCUAUCCUAGUCCAGGUCUGGCACCACAAUUCCUUGAGAUGAUCAGGCGGAGAGAUCAGCAGCCUCUUUACAAGCCUAAUCCCAAAGUCUUUCCGCUCUCUAUAUUUGAAGUCAGUGCUGAAAGCCAAGUACCGAGGAACAAAACGCAGCUGCAAAAAAUGUUGAAAGCAAAUACGGCGAUACCGUUCCACAAAAAGGUUUGCUCUGGUUGUCACAAUGUACCUCGAAGCAAGGAGUGGCAAGAGGCUCCAGAAACUGAGGGACUCCACGUCUUUCAUGUUGGGAAACGAACCGGAACGUUCGUUCACUGGGAGCCAAUCUUUAUCGGGACAAACAAUGACCCUCUCUACGAUGAAAGACUCAGUUGGGAAGGAAAAAGUGACAAAAUGACACAGGGUUACACUCUCUGCGUACUGGACUACGAUUUUUUGAUUCUGGACAAUGCUUUCCUCGUUCAUAAGCCCGGGAUAAAAACUUUCAAGAAAGAUCCGGUCAGAGACAUGCUUACUGGAAAAACGAACGCAUUGAUCAAGAAAAUCAUCAUGCCAGAGCUCAAGGUGAUUUAUGGAACGCGAAAAGGUUGUGCGGUGUAGCCCAGCGCCAUUCGGGUCCAGCAAGUUGUUUUAAGUUGCUCCGGCACCCGCUUACCGGCCCGAAUAAAGGCGGUUUGUUCGAGUCGUAAGUCGUAGUCCAGUGUGAAUAAUUCCAGUGAGCGAGCACAACUAACAGAGAAUCGAGAUCCCGAGUCACGUUUGUGCACACGUUAGUGACAAAACUGUUAUUAAAAUUGUUAAAGACGUUGAGUCCAGGAUUCUAAGUUUAAGUAUUUUCUAUAAACUUAGUAAUAGUAUAUGAAUGCAAUUACUAUUUUCAUUACUAAUACGUAUCUAAUGAAAGGGAACAUAAUAUUUGAACUGCUUCUAUGGCAUUUUAGCUGUCAGAAAACAAUGCUGAUACAAACAAGACUUGAUUUUAUGCAAAUGAUUUUGUCGAAAGAUUCUUAUUAUUUGAAUAAUGACGAUGUACGCGAAAGCUGGCAUAUUUCACGUAUGCAAGAUACAUCAGGAUGCACUCUGCUGCUCCAAGUUUGAUGUUAAAUGGGAGACACAUUCAUCAGUAAUUUAUGUAAAAAUACGAGGAAAUUUUUAAGGAGGUAGUAAUUGGUAAAAAGAAAGUCGGCCUAUUGCGACUUGUUUUUUGUCCCUAGUUUUAUUUACGAUAACACCGAUGAUUAUUGGCCGCUCCUAGCAAUCAUGCCUGAAUCGAAAGAUCUUUCAAUAAGUUAAUAAUCUUCAAAAUAUGAGUGUUAUGACAGCUGAUUAAAAUUGUAAUUUGCUUCUCAAGUUUGAAAGUUGCGUCGUAUUUUUGAGGAUUCUGAUGUUUUGUGCUUUCCUAAUCUAAAUAGU